UCCCCAAAUUUUCCGCACCUACCUUAAACCCUAUCUCUUUUUGUCGCUCAUGGGGCUAACUGACGAGAAGGAACAGCUUGCGCAGCGCUCUUGCGCAAAGAAGGUUGCUGCUGGUUUGCUGUCGGCAGCCGGCCUGCUGGCUGCAUUCGGUGCGCUCUCCGGACUACCAAUGCCCGAGUGCAUGUACGCUCACACAGCCAUGCCAAUGGCAAAUGUGUCCGCUGCCACUGCAGGCGGCAGUCUCGAUGCUGGGAAGAUAUUCCUCGGUCUCACUUCUACCGAUCGCUUGCGGGAUAACCUGCAGAAAUAUACGUCCGAGACCCGUUUGGGUGGAAGGAACAAAAAGUUCGUAGAAUACACACGCGACUACUUUUUGAAGCUUGGACUCGACACCCAGGUUGACCAGAGGGUUGCGCUAUUCAAUGCAACCACGGGCCAAGUUCACUUCGAGGCUGGGCUCAAGGAGGAUGUUAUUCCAGACGACCCUGCAUCAGAGUACGCUAGCAACCUGCCUGCCUUCCAUGGCUACUCCGCCGAUGGCAACGUCACUGGCCAGCUCGUCUAUGCCAAUUACGGAUCGCAUGAGGAUUUCAAGGCUCUCAAGGCGGCUGGAAUUAGCGUAAAGGACAAGAUUGUGCUGGUGCGCUACGGAGAUGUGUUCCGUGGGCUGAAGGUCUACGGAGCCGAGCUGGAUGGUGCUCGUGGUGUCCUGAUCUACUCGGACCCUGCCGAUGACGGCUAUGUCCAAGGUCCGGUCUACCCGGAAGGGCCGUGGAGACCUGAAUCGUCAUUCCAGCGGGGGUCUGUCCAGCGACUCAGUCUCUAUCCAGGUGACCCACUAACGCCUGGCUAUGCUUCAACCAAGGAUGCGCCGCGCAUUGAUGUCGACAAGGCAGAGAGUCUGAACCGCAUCCCAUCACUGCCUCUGUCAUACCGCGAUGCAGAGCCGCUGCUGCGUGCCUUGAAGGGCCAAGGCAAGCCUGCAAAGGAUGGUGUUGAGUACUGGACUGGACCGAGUGAGCUCGAUGUCAACCUCCUCAACAAGAACGUUAUUGGAAAGAUCCGUGGAAGCGAUGAGCCGAAUCGGGCCAUCAUCAUUGAGAUUGCACAUGGCUUGGGCGAACUGCUGAAACUUGGCUGGCGUCCACGCCGCACUAUUAUUCUGGCAUCGUGGGAUGCCGAGGAGUACGGCCUGGUCGGUUCGACUGAGUGGGUUGAGGAGAAUCUAGACUGGCUGCGCGCCGAGGCUGUCGCAUACCUGAACGUCGAUAUGGCAGUUGCUGGCCAUGACUUCACUGCAUGCUGCUUCGCCGGUUCUGAAGGACUAUUCUCUACUGACGUGACGAAAAAGGUGCACCAUCCUAACAGCACCGAGUCUGUCUACAGCAUGUGGGCUAAGAAAUCGCUAGGAAAAGACGCCGUCGAGGUCGCCCCGUCCCGCGGCAAGAAGCUUCGUGUCAAGAAAGCACAGCCUCAUGUAGAGCCGCUUGGAUCUGGCAGCGACUACACUGCGUUCAUGGCUCACGCUGGCAUAUCGUCGCUUGACAUGGGGUUCAGCGGCCAGGAUUCGACGGCGCACUCCAACUACGACAGCUACAAUUGGAUGGUGCAGAAUGUCGAUCCCGAUAUGAAGUACCACGAAGCCGAGCUGCACAAGUCGAAGAAGUACAAGAGCAAGGACAUGGAUGCGAUAAUUGCCAAAAAGCUACGGCAUGUCCGCAAAGCCCAGCAGCUACUUUUGGCCAACGCCCGAGCCAUCGAGCAGGAUAAGAAGCGCCUGCUUCGCGUGUACGGCGAGGACUGCGAGAUGACCAGCAAGCGGCGCCAGGCCAUCUGUCGCCAGUUCCUCGACCCCGAGGGCAUUCCGGGUCGCGAGUGGUACAAGCACAUUUUGGCAAGUCCCGGGCGCUGGCUCGGAUACGGCUCGCAGGUGUUCCCGGCGCUGGCUGAGGCCAUCGAAGAUCACGACUGGAAGAGGUUCCAGCAGCACGAGAAGAAGACGGCAGAGAUCCUGUAUGGUGCAGCCUGGUUCCUCCGCGAGAUCUAG